AUGCCUAGGGUUAAGCCUACGAAUAAGCCUGGGCCUAAGCCUAGGCCGAGGUUUGAGCCUAAUUCUAAGCCUACUCUUAAGCCUAUGCCUAUGAAUAGACCUAAGCCAAAGCCUAAGCCUAAGCAUAAGCCGAAGCCUAAGAUUGGGCCUAAACCUAAGCGCCUAGGCCUAGGCUUAGGCUUAACACUUGGCUUAGCCUCAAAAUAUCGCGAAAGGUCGCCAGAGGUCAGGGAAGUUCACCAAAAUCACGAUAAUUCAGCAAAGGUCACGAAAGGUCACCAAAUUUCAGGAAAAGGUCACAGAAGUUCACGGAAUGUUGCCGGAGCUUGUUCUCUUUCGAGCAGCGGUUUGACGGACCUUUUGAGUACGGUUGCCACUAAAGGAGUUGAAAUUCGAGCUUCAGUGUUAUUUAAUACAGAUGACUGUAGGUUGGGCGCUGUAACAAAUAAAAGAGGUAAAGAUGUUCCGCGAAACGAAAGAAACUGGGCCAAUACUGAAAAAAAGCGGUAUUUGAAGGAAUCCGAGAAUGCUUAUCAGCUUUUUGUGAUAGCUUGGCUUCGUAAGGGAAUAAGUUUAUCUGGAAACGAAUUCUGCAAAAUACUGGAAGAACAUACGGCCAUUUCUUCCAACGAGUCAUUUCCUCAUCGUAUAACAGAAUCAAGCGGAUUCAGUUUACAAUUGACAGAAUACGCUUUUGCUGAGUCUGCAUUUCAUUUGCUAAAAAUAAGCUUGAAAGCGGAGAUACACUAA